AUUUUUAUAUAAAGUAAGAACUACAUGUAUAUUAUUGACGACAUGUUUUCUAAAUAUUUGAUUUUUCUUUUUUGUAUUAAUAGGGAAAGACAUUAUGGUGGUAUUGCUCCUGGUUUUAGAGUGAUACAUAAAAACGGUAUUAGUAUGGAUAAUCGUUUGGAAAAUCUAAUUUUAGUGCCAUUAGGUAUAAAAGCACACUUUUUUCUCGAACCUCAUGUGAAACAACGUGAACAAUCUUUAUAUUGGGCAGCCAUUCAACAGCUACCUCCAGAUCAUCUUGUAGAAGAGCAUUUUCCAGAUACAACAAACACAAAAUGUUUCAAUGCCAAUGGAGAAUUAAUUGAAGAAGAAGGCUGUGAUACAUUGGUGGUUGUUUAUUCUGCAGAAGAGCCAGCCUGUUAUUACGAGUGCCAUUAUCCUCCGUGUACAAAUUUGGAACAAGAGCCCAGAGAAUUUAGCAUCUGUGGCAGAUGCCAACAAGCCCGUUACUGCGGUUCCAAUUGCCAGCAACGUGACUGGCCCGUUCACAAGAAAUUCUGCCGGGAAAAGCACAGACCGAUUCUCAGGGAGAGGCCACCGGAACGGUGAAUCGAACAAAAUGUUCAAAGGACAGUAACAACUUUAAAAGAACACAAAGGCAGAGUUUGAUUUCUAAUUGUCUCACUCCCAACUGAAAAUAUUGUACUAAAUGGCGUGAAGAGGCAAUUGACCACAUAACAAGACACACAUUAUUUACAAGAAGCAACGUUCGCCAGAAGGCACUCCAGUUUUCCCCCCGAAAGUGGUGCCGCAGCCGUCUGGAGCGACCGCUGCUGAGCGGAUCCGUGCGGGCAAGAGCGAGAACCGAUCCCCGCUACUCCGCCCGAAUCCUACUCCCUGCCGUUUCGGUUCUGGUGAGAGUGAUACAACUAGGACGAGGAAAAAAAUCUCGCCACAGUCCACCGAUAAGUUAUUUAUUGCAAUCUUAGUUCUGUGGCGUGUCUACUGCCCACGAUCCCGGUCCACCAGCGAUAUGUUUAAAAAAGGAAAGAAAAACCAUGUAAAUUUUGUUGUAAGUGUGAGAGAACUAACCGUUCAACUUUGCCAUUUUAUAUGUAGCUGAAUCGUUGUGAUAAUUUAAGAAAAAAGAAAAAAUCAUCUAAUAUAUCUACAUUUUUGCUCAUUAUACUGCACUAGUUUUCAACCAAUGUUCCUGAGUGGCACCAAAAUCUUUGUAAAGAUGAUAUAUAUCAUAUAUUAUAUAUAUAUUAUUCUUAACUUUUUUAAAUUUUAAGAAAAAAACAACAAAAAAAAAACUUUAACUUUCUCCAUACUUUAACCAAUCAAAUAUAUUUAAAAAAGAGAGAGAGAGAGAAAGAAGAAAGUUAACAUUUAUUAAUUUCAAAAGAAAAAAAAAAUACAAAAAAACAUACACAUUGACAGUUUAUGUUCGAUUUUAAACAACUAGAUAUUGAUCACAAGAUUUAUACUGUUUUUCCUAGACAAUUCUUUAGUGAUUUAUUUUGUACAAUGCCCAGAGAGAAAAAUAAAGGCACAAGAAAGUAAA